CACAUUUGCCAUCCCUUCCUGCCACUGCUGGGGACGGGCCCAUCCGCUCCGGCUGGUGGCUCGGGCGCUGUCCCCAGUCCCCCAAACCCUCCUAAAGGGUCUAGAACACCUCCCGGGUUUUGACCCGGAGGCGCUCACUGGACGAUGUGGUCUGGGCUCAGACGCGCACUCCGCCACCCGCUGCAGUAACCCCCCCCCCCCCCCCCCCCAGGUUUUCCAACUUCGUGACCCGGACUCUCGGCGGGGUCACUCUCGGACGGUGGAAGCCUCCCACGGCAGGGGCGACCUGCGGUCGGGGCGCAAGAGUCGGGCCGGCAGAGGGAUCCUGGCUAGCUGCAUUGGAGACCGUGCGCGGCGCCAAGCGACGCCCCCUCCAGUGGCCACUGCCCCUGCGGCGGCAGCUGCAGCAGCGGCAACUGCGUGCACCCAGGCCGGGCUCGGGUUACUCCCCUCCUCCUGCAGCAUCUCGGGCCAGAAGGGAAAACCUUACUCAAGUUUGCAGCAGAGUACUUUCUCUGGUGCGCAAAACUGCGCUGAGACCAGCCUCCUUUCCCGCAUUUCCACCUCUGAACCUGAACCAAGACUCCCCAGUGUGGUUCUCCCCUGGGACGCAGCUUGGAGGCGAAGACUCUGUGCGGGGCAGGUUUCCUUUCCUGGCUGGCAUCCGGUGAAAACCAGGGGAAGAGGGUUGCAUUGCGAAUCUCAGGAUCUCUGGACCUGGGGUGUUCAUCAGAAAAAAUGGUUAUUUCUUUGAACACAUACUUGGGAUUUUUCUGUUUAUUAUGCCACUGGAUAAAGACAGGAUCAUCUCUGAAUCUUGAAGACCCUAAUGUGUGUAGCCACUGGGAAAGCUACUCAGUAACUGUGCAAGAGUCAUACCCACAUCCCUUUGACCAAAUUUACUACACCAGCUGCACUGACAUUCUGAACUGGUUUAAGUGUACACGGCACAGAAUCAGUUAUCGGACAGCCUAUCGACAUGGGGAGAAGACUAUGUAUAGGCGCAAAUCACAGUGCUGUCCUGGAUUUUAUGAAAGCAGGGAAAUGUGUGUCCCCCACUGUGCAGAUAAAUGUGUCCACGGUCGCUGCAUUGCUCCAAACACCUGUCAGUGUGAGCCUGGCUGGGGGGGCACCAACUGCUCCAGUGCCUGCGAUGGCGAUCACUGGGGACCGCACUGCAGCAGCCGGUGCCAGUGCAAAAACCGGGCCCUGUGCAACCCCAUCACGGGGGCCUGCCACUGCGCCGCGGGCUUCCGGGGCUGGCGCUGCGAGGAGCGCUGUGAGCAGGGCACCUACGGGAACGACUGUCACCAGAGAUGCCAGUGCCAGAACGGAGCCACCUGCGAUCACAUCACAGGGGAGUGCCGCUGCCCACCUGGGUACACCGGAGCCUUCUGUGAGGAUCUUUGUCCCCCUGGCAAGCAUGGUCCGCAGUGUGAGCAGAGAUGUCCCUGCCAGAAUGGAGGAGUGUGCCAUCAUGUCACUGGGGAGUGCUCCUGCCCUCCUGGCUGGCUGGGCACAGUGUGUGGCCAGCCUUGCCCGGAGGGUCGCUUUGGAAAGAACUGUUCGCAAGAAUGUCAGUGCCAUAAUGGAGGGUCCUGUGAUGCCGCCACAGGCCAAUGUCAUUGCAGUCCAGGAUACACAGGGGAACGGUGCCAGGACCAGUGUCCUGUGGGCAGGUACGGGGUGCGCUGUGCGGAGACCUGCCAGUGUGUCAACGGGGGGAAGUGCUACCAUGUGAGCGGCUCCUGCCUCUGUGAGGCGGGCUUUUCCGGCGAACACUGCGAGGCCCGCCUGUGUCCCGACGGGCUCUAUGGCAUCAGGUGUGACAAGCGCUGCCCCUGCCACCUAGACAACACGCACAGCUGUCACCCCAUGUCUGGAGAGUGUGCCUGUAAGCCAGGCUGGUCAGGCCUCUACUGUAACGAGACAUGCUCUCCUGGAUUCUACGGGGAAGCUUGCCAGCAGAUCUGCAGCUGCCAGAACGGGGCUGACUGUGACAGUGUGACUGGAAAGUGCACCUGUGCCCCGGGAUUCAAAGGAACUGACUGCUCUGCCCCGUGCCCUCUGGGAACCUAUGGGGUCAACUGUUCCUCUCUCUGUGGCUGUAAGAACGAUGCUGUCUGCUCUCCUGUGGAUGGCUCGUGUACUUGCAAGGCAGGCUGGCAUGGGGUGGACUGCUCCACCCGCUGUCCCAGCGGCACAUGGGGCUUUGGCUGUAACUUAACCUGCCAGUGCCUCCACGGCGGAGCCUGCAACACCCUGGACGGGACGUGCACGUGUGCACCUGGAUGGCGCGGGUUGAAAUGCGAACUUCCCUGCCAGGAUGGCACGUACGGGCUGAACUGUGCGGAGCGCUGUGACUGCAGCCAUGCAGACGGCUGCCACUCCACCACGGGCCACUGCCGCUGCCUCCCCGGAUGGUCAGGAGUCCACUGUGACAGCGUGUGUGCGGAGGGGCGCUGGGGUCCCAACUGCUCCCUGCCCUGCUACUGCAAAAACGGGGCCUCGUGCUCCCCCGACGACGGCAUCUGCGAGUGCGCACCGGGGUUCCGAGGCACCACCUGCCAGAGGAUCUGUUCCCCUGGUUUCUAUGGGCAUCGCUGCAGCCAGACGUGCCCGCAGUGUGUGCACAGCAGUGGGCCCUGCCACCACAUCACCGGCCUGUGCGACUGCUUGCCUGGCUUCACGGGAGCCCUCUGCAACGAAGUGUGUCCCAGUGGCAGAUUUGGGAAAAACUGUGCAGGAGUUUGUACCUGUACCAACAAUGGGACCUGCAACCCCAUUGACAGAUCUUGUCAAUGUUACCCAGGAUGGAUCGGCAGUGACUGCUCUCAGCCUUGUCCACCCGCCCACUGGGGCCCGAACUGCAUCCACACGUGCAACUGCCACAACGGGGCCUUCUGCAGCGCCUACGACGGGGAAUGCAAGUGCACUCCUGGCUGGACGGGGCUCUACUGCACGCAGCGCUGUCCCCUGGGGUUUUACGGGAAAGACUGUGCGCUGACAUGCCAGUGCCAGAACGGAGCCGACUGCGACCACAUCUCCGGGCAGUGCACCUGCCGCACCGGGUUCAUGGGGAAGCACUGCGAGCAGAAGUGUCCUGCAGGGACCUAUGGCUACGGCUGUCGCCAGAUAUGUGACUGCCUCAACAACUCCACCUGCGACCACAUCACUGGGACCUGUUACUGCAGCCCAGGGUGGAAGGGGGCGCGGUGCGAUCAAGCGGGUGUUAUCAUAGUUGGGAAUCUGAACAGCUUAAGCAGAACCAGCACGGCUCUUCCUGCUGACUCCUACCAGAUCGGGGCCAUCGCUGGCAUCAUCAUCCUCGUCCUGGUCGUCCUCUUCCUUUUGGCCUUGUUCAUUAUCUACAGACACAAGCAGAAGGGGAAGGAGUCGAGCAUGCCGGCCGUGACCUACACCCCUGCCAUGAGGGUCAUGAACGGAGACUAUGCCAUUUCUGAAACCCUUCCUCACGGCAGUGGAGGGAAUGCUAACAGCCAUUACUUCACCAACCCCAGCUACCACACGCUCACACAGUGUGCCGCGUCCCCUCGGGUCAACAACAGGGACAGGAUGACCAUCGCCAAGUCGAAAAACAAUCAGCUGUUUGUGAACCUGAAGAAUGUGAAUCCUGGGAAGAGAGGCCCAGUGGUGGACUGCACGGGCACACUGCCCGCGGACUGGAAGCACGGCGGCUACCUCAACGAGCUCGGUGCUUUUGGACUUGACAGAAGUUAUAUGGGGAAAUCCUUAAAAGACUUGGGAAAGAAUUCUGAAUAUAAUUCAAGUAACUGCUCCCUAAGCAGUUCUGAAAACCCAUAUGCGACUAUUAAAGAUCCGCCUGUACUUCUCCCCAAGAACUCGGAGUGUGGCUAUGUGGAGAUGAAGUCACCAGCACGGAGAGAUUCCCCAUAUGCAGAGAUCAAUAACUCAACUUCAGCCAACAAGAAUGUCUAUGAAGUUGAACCUACAGUGAGUGUUGUCCAAGGAAUAUUCAGCAAUAACGGGCCUCUGACCCAGGACCCAUACGACCUGCCAAAGAACAGUCACAUCCCUUGCCAUUAUGACCUGCUGCCAGUCCGAGACAGUUCACCCUCCCCCACGCGAGAGGACGGAGGCAGCAGCGGCAGCAGCAGCAGCAGCAGUGAAUGACACCAAAGGACCUUCUGUAGCCGCUGGAACCCUUUCCAGAACUGCAGUUCAGUUCUUCUCCAUCCUCAAGUUGCCACCUUAUGUGAAUGUUAAUCAACUUGGUAGGCAGUUACUGGGCAUAACCCAGAAAGCUCAGAGCUGAGGCUGACUGAUGGUAGGUCCCUGGGUACGGGUGGCUGGGCAGGAGAUACCCUGUGAUUCUCCAUUCUUGUUAGUUUUAGAACUGCGCCCCUGAAGCAUGACUUCCUGUAAAACCUUGGCUAUGAGCAUGAACUUGCAGAACUCCUUCAGCGACGUGGGUUGCAGUAGACAUGGGUAUGACUGUUUGAAAAACUAAAGUUUGAAGAUUUUCUUUCUCAUUCGCAUUAUAGAUCUGUACCUAGGCUUGUGCAGUUUGCCAUAAAAUUUAGUGUGAAUCACUAAAUAUGUAGAA